AUGUGGCUGAUCAUGAAGGUUUUCCUUUUGCAAAUUUUAGUGUUUCAACUUUUUGGUGGUGACAUCUGUUGCCAAGCUUCAAUCCGUCGGCAUACUUUUGUGGUGAGGGAAGCUUCAUAUACAAGGCUUUGUAGCACCAAGGACAUCUUAACAGUAAAUGGACAAUUUCCAGGACCAACUAUACAUGCUAUGAAAGGAGAGACGAUCAUUGUCGACGUUUAUAACAGGGGAAAAGAAAACGUCACCAUUCACUGGCAUGGGGUGAACAUGCCUAGAUAUCCAUGGACAGAUGGUCCCGAGUAUAUCACACAAUGCCCAAUUCAGCCAGGGUCAAAGUUUAGUCAGAAAAUCAUCCUUUCCUCUGAGGAAGGCACUUUAUGGUGGCAUGCUCACAGUGAUUGGACCCGAGCCACCGUUCAUGGAGCCAUAAUUGUCUAUCCCAAGAAUGGAACCAAGUAUCCUUUUCACAAACCUAAUGCAGAAUUUCUCAUCAUAUUAGGACAAUGGUGGAAGAGUGAUGUGAAUGUGGUUCGAGAUGAUGUGCUUGCAAGUGGAGCUGAUGUCAAUGCCUCUAAUUCUUUAUUGAUAAAUGGACAACCUGGUGAUCUACUUCCAUGCUCAAAAUCAGGCACAUUCAAGAUAACGGUGGAUCAUGGAAAUACCUAUCUACUUCGCAUAAUCAAUGCUGCCUUGCACGAGCCUCUCUUCUUCUCCAUUGCCAAGCAUAAAAUGAUAGUGGUUGGAACAGAUGGUAGCUACACGAAACCAUUGACACAAGAUUAUAUCACAAUAUUUCCUGGCCAAACCUUCGAUGUCUUACUAGAAGCUAACCAACGCCCGGAUCACUAUUACAUGGCGGCUAUAACUUAUUCUGAAGCCCCAACAGGUCUUAAUAUUUAUGAUAACACAACCACCACAGCUAUUGUACAAUACAGGGGAUACUACACUCCAUCUUCACCUCCCUUCUUGCCUCACUUACCUACAUACAAUGACACAAAUGCAACGCUUCAGGUCAUGGCCAACCUCCGAAGCUUAGCAGAUGCGGAACAUCCUUGCAAUGUCCCAUUGAGCACGAGCACUAACCUAUUUUACACCGUUUCUUUAAACUCGUACCCAUGCAUUAAUGAUUCAUGUUCAGGGGUCAAUGGGACGCGGUCCGCUUCAAGUAUAAACAACAUAAGCUUCCAUACCCCUACAAUUGACAUACUGGAAGCUUACUAUUAUAACAUCAGUGGUGUAUAUGGAGAUAAAUUUCCUAGCGUUCCACCACAGGUGUUUGAUUUUACAGGUGAUUAUCUUCCAUUACUCUAUCAGUUGCCGAGCACCGGAACAGAAGUAAGGGUGCUCGAGUAUAACUCCACAGUGGAGAUUGUUUUUCAAGGGACAAACUUGGUUGGAGGGACAACCCACCCCAUUCAUCUCCAUGGACACAGUUUCUAUGUUGUUGGGUGGGGACUUGGGAAUUUUGAUGAAAAUAAGGAUCCUUUGCGCUACAAUCUGGUGGAUCCUCCCCAUCAGAAUACCAUCUAUGUUCCUAGGAAUGGUUGGGCUACAAUCAGAUUCAAGGCAUCCAACCCUGGAGUGUGGUUCAUGCAUUGCCAUAUAGAACGCCAUCAGAGUUGGGGCAUGGAAACUGCGUUCAUAGUGAAAAAUGGUAAACACCCAGAAGCUCAAAUGUUGCCUCCUCCAUCCGACAUGCCGCCAUGUUGGAAAAGAGAAGAGGCUUUUAUUCCAAAGAAGAUGUGGCCGAUCAUGAAGGUUUUCCUCUUACAAAUUUUAGUAUUUCAACUUUUUGGUGGUGGCAUCCAUUGCCAAGCUUCAAUCCGUCGGCAUACUUUUGUGGUGAGGGAAGCUUCAUAUACAAGGCUUUGUAGCACCAAGGACAUCUUAACUGUAAAUGGACAAUUUCCAGGGCCAACUAUAUAUGCUAUGAAAGGAGAGACGAUCAUUAUCGACGUUUAUAAUAGGGGAAAAGAAAAUGUCACCAUUCACUGGCAUGGGGUGAACAUGCCUAGAUAUCCAUGGACAGAUGGUCCUGAGUACAUCACACAAUGCCCAAUUCAGCCAGGGUCAAAGUUUAGUCAGAAGAUCAUCCUUUCUUUUGAGGAAGGCACUUUAUGGUGGCAUGCUCACAGUGACUGGACCCGAGCCACUGUUCAUGGAGCUAUAAUCGUCUAUCCCAAGAAUGGAACCAAGUAUCCUUUUCACAAACCUAACGCAGAAUUUCUCAUCAUAUUAGGACAAUGGUGGAAGAGUGAUGUGAAUGCAGUUCGAGAUGAAGGGCUUGCAACUGGAGCUGAUGCCAAUGCUUCUGAUUCUUUAUUGAUAAAUGGACAACCUGGUGAUCUACUUCCAUGCUCAAAAUUAGGCACAUUCAAGCUAACGGUGGAUCAUGGAAAGACCUAUCUACUUCGCAUAAUCAAUGCUGCCUUGCAGGAGCCUCUCUUCUUCUCUAUUGCCAAGCAUAAAAUGACCGUGGUUGGAACAGAUGGUAGCUACACGAAACCAUUGCCACAAGAUUAUAUCACAAUAUUUCCUGGCCAAACCUUCGAUGUCUUACUAGAAGCUAACCAAUGCCCGAAUCACUAUUACAUGGCAGCUAGAACUUAUUCCGUUGCCCCAGCAGCUAGUAAUUUUUUUGAUAACACAACCACCACAGCUAUUGUACAGUACAGGGGAUACUACACUCCAUCUUCACCUCCUUUCUUACCUCAUCUUCCUGCAUACAAUGACACAAAUGCAUCGGUUCAAGUCAUGGCUAGCCUUCGAAGCUUAUCAGAUGCGGAACAUCCUUGCAAUGUCCCAUUGAGCACGAGCACUAAACUGUUUUACACUGUUUCUAUAAACUCGUACCCAUGCGUCAAUGAUUCAUGUUCAGGGGCCAAUGGGACGCGGUCUGCCGCAAGUAUAAACAAUAUAAGCUUCCAUACCCCUACAAUUGACAUACUGGAAGCUUACUAUUAUAACAUCAGUGGUGUAUAUGGAGAUAAAUUUCCUAGCGCUCCACCACUGGUAUUCGAUUUUACAGCUGAUUAUCUUCCAUUACUCUAUCAAUUGCCGAGCGCCGGAACAGAAGUAAGGGUGCUCGAGUAUAACUCCAUAGUGGAGAUUGUUUUUCAAGGGACAAACUUGAUUGCAGGGGUAACCCACCCCAUACAUCUCCAUGGACACAGUUUCUAUGUUGUUGGAUGGGGAUUUGGGAAUUUCGAUGAAAAUAAGGACCCUUUGCGCUAUAAUCUGGUGGAUCCUCCCCUUCAGAAUACCAUCUCUGUUCCUAGGAAAGGUUGGGCUACAAUCAGAUUCAAGGCAUCCAACCCUGGAGUGUGGUUCAUGCACUGCCAUGUAGAACAACAUCUGACUUGGGGCAUGGAAACUGCAUUCAUAGUGAAAAAUGGUAAACACCCAGAAGCUCAAAUGUUACCUCCUCCAUCCGACAUGCCACCAUGUUGAAGCUGCAAAGAAAUAGCAUGCCAAAGAUUUCAUUGAAUAUUCGUAUUAUUCAGCUUUCAUGAUUUAUUUUCUGCUCAUAAGAAGAAUAAUGUAAAGUCGUAGAAUAUCGUGUCUGAGAUUA